GCAGGGCCGGGGUGCGCCCGCGCGGCUGAGCGCGCCAGCAUGAAGGAGGCGCAGGGCGGCGGGGCGCUGCCCGGCUCCUCGCUGCAGCGGGCCUGCCGCCUGCUCGUCGUCUUCUGCGCCCUGCACCUCUCGGCCACGCUGCUCUACUACCUGGCGGGCGGCGGCGACCUGCGCCCGCCGCGCAACCCCGAGCCGCCGCCGCGCAGCCCGCGCCCGGCCAACAGCUCCCGCGCCACGCCCGGGCCGCCGCCGCCGGACUGCCCCGACCCGUCCCCGCUGCGGGUUGGUGCACUGAAUGUGGAAUUUUCCCAGCCUGUGAAUCUUGAGGAAGCUGAGAGGAUAAACCCUAAAGUGAGAGAAGGAGGCCGAUAUGCUCCAGAAGACUGUAAAGCACUUCAGAAAGUAGCAAUCAUCAUACCAUUCAGGAACCGUGAUGAGCAUCUGAAGUACUGGCUGUAUUAUCUCCACCCAAUCCUUCAAAGGCAACAGCUUGACUAUGGAGUGUAUGUCAUCAAUCAGGGUGGAGAAGAAACCUUUAAUCGUGCUAAACUUCUGAACAUAGGCUUCAAAGAAGCUUUGAAAGAAUAUGACUAUGGUUGCUUUGUAUUUAGUGACGUAGACCUAAUUCCAAUGGACGACAGAAACAUCUACAAGUGUUACAGCCAGCCACGGCACCUUUCUGUAUCGAUGGAUAAGUUUGGAUUUCGUUUACCGUACAAUCAGUAUUUCGGAGGUGUGUCUGCGUUAAGCAAGGAGCAAUUGGUAAAAAUCAAUGGAUUUCCUAAUAAUUACUGGGGCUGGGGUGGCGAAGAUGACGACAUUUAUAACCGGCUGUUUUUUAAAGGUAUGAGAAUAUCUCGCCCAGAUGCUGUAAUUGGGAAGUGCCGAAUGAUUCGCCAUUCAAGAGACCGUAAUAAUGAACCCAACCCACAGAGGUUUGACAGAAUUGCUCACACAAGAGAGACAAUGAAUUCGGAUGGCUUAAAUACGCUGUCAUACAAGGUAGUGAAAACUGAGAAAUACCCACUGUAUACCAAAAUCACAGUGGAUGUUGGCUCACCAAAAAACUAGUGUUGGAGAGGCAGAAGUGAAGACUUGGAAGCUACCAGGAUAUCUGAUCCAUAGGAUUUUUAUAUGUACUGUUUGUACAGUCAGAAUGAAAAAGAGAGCCUCAUUCAGCUAUGCAAAGUUUUUCCCAGUCUCCUGGACAAGUGAGACUUUUUAAUCCCAAACUUGACUUUACACAACUUUCUAGCUCUACAAUAUUUUUGUAAGUUUUAGAAACUGUAAAUAAGAGUUGUAAAUAUUUACAUUGCCAGAAAAUGCUGGACAUUAUGUAUCUGCUGCAGUGCUCCCCACAAAUAUUUUAUUCAAAUGUUGUUAUUGUUCACAAACAAAUGAUGAAUCAGCAAUUACUUUAUUAUUAUUAUUACCCAUAUUAUUUCUUCCAUAGGUUAAAUUAAGUAGACGAGAGCACUGCUUUAAAUUCUUUGCUGUUGUUACUUUAUGAAGGACUGGAAAAUGCUGCUAAAAUUGUACAAGUUUACACUUUGUAUUAGAUUUUUUUUAAUGGAGGCAGUAUCAUUUAUUCUUGUCUAACAUCAGCCAAACCAAACAUUUUUUCUUUAAUUUUAUGCAGAGCACGUUUUGGAAAAAUUGAUCUUACAAAAUCUAACAGCAACAGAUUUUAUUAUCUCAGAGGGGAUUUUAAUAACUUGGGUCCCAAUCCUCCAGUGAGCGCUAUAUAGACAGGACAUUUAGGCUUGGUGGGAGCUGCACAGGACGGUAUAAAUAUUAUGCUUGGUGCAAGAAGUGCUGUGUCCAGGUGACCUGCUCGGAAAGAUCUCUUGUUAGAUAGAGCAGUGUAAGAUGCAUUCUAUUUUUUAAGAGAGGCAAUUUGGUUGUAA